AUGUCUGCAGCGGGUCGCAAGUUCCUUACCACUAUCAACUGGCCGGUUAUCAACUCUGUGCUCUCAAAGCACACUGAGAUUACCGCGUCCCUCGGUGCCUUCCGCAAGGGCUACGAGGAGGCCGAGCGCCAGCUUUCGCAGCUCAAGGAGUCCGACCGCUCAGUCGACUUUGAAAGCUACCGCCGCAUCCUGAAGAACUCGGACAUUAUCGAUAAGCUGGAGAAGAUUGCCAACACCCAGAAGAUCGUCAAGGUCGACCUGGCUGACCAGCUGAAGACCAUCUCUGCGUUCGAGGCUAAGGCUGUCACUUCGGCCGAGCUCUACGUUAAGGAGACCGAGGCCAACCUGGCUGAUCUCAGCGAGACCGUCAAGAACAUUGACCAGGCUCGCCCCAUCACUCAGCUCACUGUUGACGAUGUUGUCAAGGCCAAGCCUGAGAUCGUCCAGCGCACCGAGGAUCUGGUCAAGCAGGGCAAGUUCACUGUCGAUGGCUACGACGAGAGGUUCCCCAGCCUUGCUCUUCUCUAA